AACACGAUACCACGAGCGUUUUCGCAUUCGUUACGAGACCCUCACUAUUUCAUAAUGAGAGCUUAUUUGGGGCUGUGGUUAUUAUUUAUAUGCUUAGUAGUAAAGACGCUAGCGUUAGACGGCGAGAUGGCCGAGCUCGCGAAAAUGCUGCGCGAGAACUGUGUGGAGGAGACCGGAGCGGACGUGGCUUUGAUCGACAAGGUAAACGCGGGAGCGGACCUGAUGGGUGACGCUAAGCUGAAGUGUUACAUCAAAUGCGUGAUGGAGACCGCGGGCAUGAUGUCGGAGGGUGAGGUGGACGUCGAGGCCGUGGUGGCCGUGCUACCGGAGGAACUACAGAAGCACGCGGACAAGAUGCGGGCCUGUGGCACUCAGAAGGGGGUGGAUGACUGUGACACGGCUUUCCUAACUCAAUCCUGCUGGCAGAAGGCUAGCAAGGCUGACUAUAUUCUUAUAUAGAAUAGGUACUACAUCACUCACUACUAACCACAAACCAAACAAUACAUUUUAUCAAAAAAAUAAAUGUGUACUUUCAUUAUGGGAUACAUGGCCCUUGUGUAAUCUUGCACUU